AUGCAGAAUUUCAACUUUCAAUUUUUCGAUUUAACACACCUCCCCGUUGAUGUCACCCGGGCGUCGACGGCUACCGUGCGGUUCUGGGCCCGGAGGCAAGACUCUUGGAUCCUUCUCCUACAAGAAUUCGUCGAUCUCAAGAAUCUCCAAUUCAUCGGCACACUCGAAGAGCAGCACUUCCCUGUGAACAGUCUCGUGUUUCACCUCACCGAUGGCUUCUACUCGGCCGAUAUCCCCGGCCGACCAAGGGAGCCCAAAGCUGCCCAACCGGUGCCUACUUCGUCCUACAAUGCCCUCAUGAAGCUCGCCACUCUCGACAACUCCAUACAAGACGCGCUGGCGACGCAGCAGUCCAUCAGGGAACAGAUCAACGCCAUAUUAGAGACAAAACCGCCGGAUCCGGUCCCACAGGCGGAAGAUCGGCUAGAACUCGCAAAGAAGUAUCUAGCACUGGAGAGGAAGAACGUCGCCGCAGUUAAGCAGCGGAAGAAGGAGCUGGAGGAGUCGAUACGGUUACGGCGCGCGGCUAUCCGAGAUGGCCGCGCAGUGCAGGAAAAGGCAGAACGAGACGUUGCCAAUGCGCGUGAUAAGCUAGACUCAUCCCGGGAGGCAACGGCAACUACCCGGGAGCAGAUCCGUGGCCAGAAACGGCGCAUUUGCUCCGACCUAGCCGACAUCUUUGACAUACGCCCCGUGCCAGACGGCCCACCCCUAUCCUUCCAGAUAUGCGGCAUCCCACUUCCGAACACGACCUUCGACGCCGCGACUUCGCGCACCACCGGCGAGGAUGAGCUCUCCGCCGCCCUCGGUUACGUCUCCAGCCUCACCGACCACCUCCAGUACUACCUUUCUAUGCCCCUCCCCUACCCCAUCACCGCCUUUGGGUCCCGCUCCUCCAUACGCGACGACAUCUCUCUCCUGACCGACCUUGCCACCCGCUACCAGGCCCGUGGCCGCGAAUUUCCUCUCUUUCUACCCCGGGGCGGCUCCACGGCGGCCCACUUUCGCUUCGAGUACGCAUGGUUCCUCCUCAACAAGGAUAUCGAAGCACUCUGCGCCUCCCAGGGGCUGCGUGUCGUCGACAUCCGCCAAACCCUACCCAACCUCAAAUACCUGCUCUACUCCGGCGGGGCUCGAUGGCGUGGCCGUGCCCGGAAGUGA